AUGUGUCGCAGCAUAACCUACCGCUAUAGCAUCUGCACACACAGUUGGCGGCCAUAUGUUAUUCGCUGUCCGAAUCCUAUUAAGGACGCUUCUACAGAUAUCGAUAGCACGAAUAUAUGUCCAGCGUACAAGAUCAGAUAUGAACGAAAAGUUAUUAAGAGCGGGAAUGGACUCUGUGCAGCAUGUUGGGAAAAGCAGGAGAAGAGAGAGGAAGAUGUGAGAGAGGGGGAGAGGAUUCUAGAAGAGAAGAUGAGGGAGAGAAAUGUGGGGAAGGCGGAGCGGGGGUUGGGGAGGAGGUUUUGGAAGAAGAAUGGAGAGGCGAGCGGAGGCGAGAAGGAGAAAGAGGAUGCGAGGAUAUUGGAAUAUAUAGAUGCGAAGCUCGAAGUGGUUUUGGAGGAACGAGUGGGGAAUUUGGGAAGGGACAACGAGGAGAGUGAGAACCUUUUGCAGGAAAGAGAAAAGCAAAUGUGGAUUAUGCAGGGAAAUGGUGGAGUGAGAAAGAAGCUGGAUGGGAAUGAGAGGAAGGGGGUCCGAAAUCGCUGA